UAAAUUGUAUUAAAUAUUAACAAAGAUGGCUGGCCGUGGCAGAGGUGGAAAGACAGGAACAUUAACACAAGAACAAUUACAGACUCUGGGAUGUGUGGGGAAAGAUAUGCCACAGGUUGCACAGGCACCUCCACCUACAUAUCCACCAUUGAUGUCCAAGCCCGUAACACUCGAAACAACGGCAUCACAAAACUAUCAAAUACUUUGGAAAGAGGGUUUCCUUAAUCACAUGAGGGAUUCGGCAUAUUUCCUACAACCAGUAGAGAAAGCAAUAGCUGGCCGUGGAAUUUCAAGAUAUAAUCCAAAAACAAUGAAUGCCGAUGAGAGUAUAAAACUUAAACCCAGAACAGAAUUCAAUUGGUCACUGAUGCCGGCCGAAUUACAAAUGGCUAAUAAAAAACGUAAAGUGGUUGCCAAGGCAGUUAAACUAAAGAAAGCUAAGCCCAGUAAUAUAGAAGAUCGUCUGAAGGUAUUGGAGGAGAAAGAAAAGACCGAAGAUGAUGUAGAUACACCCAAUAAAACAAAUUCAGAUUCCGAGGAGGACAUUGAGGAAGAAGUGGGCGAGGAUGUGGACGAUGAAAUGGAUGAUGACAAUGACUAUGGAAAUGCCUAUUUUGAUAAUGGUGAAGCCUACAAUGAAGAAGAUGAUAAUCUUGAUGAUGGACCUGGGGGUUAUUUGAUUAAGAGAAUGUUACUAUUUAAACACACAUAA